CGUAGAUAUCCGGAAAUCGAAACUUAACCGAUCCGAAAGAAGAAAAUGAAAGUAUUAUUCUCUGUGAUAUUAAUCGAUUUCAGUAGUGAACGGACACGCACACUAUUACUGCCGUGAAAAACGGAAAUAUAGUCACUUUGUAAUGACGUUUUGUGCUUGUCCGCUUAAAGGGAGACGUUUUGCACCUGCCGUUAGCUGCUGCUUAGUUCAGUGUGUUAACUGUUUGCAGAAGAUUUGCCUAUAUUUUAACUUGCAAUGGAGACUUUGCCAGAAAAUUGCAUUUCUUUGUUGAAUGAGUGCCAACAGAAGAGCGGAUACACUGUGGAAUAUGAGGAAGGAUCCACUGAAGGGCCGUGCCACAAUAAAACGUUCACUUGUAGGGCAAUUGUAAAUGGCACACGUUAUCCUGAUGGCAUUGGCAAAACCAAGAAGGAGGCAAAGCAAAAUGCUGCCAGGAAUGCACUCACUGUCAUAAAGGGAACACACAAUACAGAACCUACAACAUCUUCCGUUCUAGUUAAUCCCAACAACGUGACUAUAAAUCAACAGAGUCAUAUUUGCUGGCUCAAUGAAUAUUCACAGAAGAAUAAGUUAGUCUUUAAGACCCGAGAGUCAACUAAAAUGGAUCCAGGAAGCGCCACUCAGUUGUGUACUUACGCUUGUAAGUAUGUUUGCGGUGAUAAAGAAUAUCCUGAAGCAUUUGGCAAAACAAAGAAGGAGGCCAAAGAGGCAGCAGCUUACCAUGUUCAUAAAGAAUUAUGUCCAACUCAAAAUACAGAGGUCUUCAAUGAAAACUGCAAUGGUGUACCGAGGUCAGAGGUCGCAGCUCUUAGUACUAGCUUGGACCGUUUAAAUUUGAGUUUCUCUGAGGAUUCGCGAAGCACCGUGCCUGACAACAACUACAUAGCAAAUCUCAAUAACUUCUGCCAGAAACAUAAACGUGUACUAGAUUUCAAAUUAGUGGACAAAAGAGGCCCCCCGCACAACCCAGAGUUUGUAUAUAAAGUUGUUAUAAAUGGCAUGGAGUACCCUGAAGCACAAGGAAGAAGCUCAAAAGAGGCAAAGCAGCAUGCCGCUCAGCGUGCUUGGACUGAAAUAAUGGAGUCUAGCUGGACCACACAGAGUUCUGAAGAUGGCGCCUCUUCGUGCACUUCAGAGAUACUUAAAUCUGAGGAACCACAAUCCCAGAAGAGCAGCAUCAGUGAUUCCAUUGUCUUCAGAGACUCUUCUGCUGUCAGUUCUCCUAUGCCCAUAAGUCCUGCUAUGAGCCCGUUGGAUAUGAAGACAAAAAUAAAAUUAGCACCUAAUUUUCAACUGUCACCUAAUGGGGUGCCCAGGAGUAAAGGGGAUGGUCCUAACAUGAACGUGCACAACCCAGCAAAGCCAUCCUCAGAUCAAACUGCAAACCAGACUAUGAAGUCAAGGUUUUUAGAGGACUUUGACUCAAUAAUUCCAAUUGGCAAAGGUGGCUUCGGUCGUGUUUUCAAGGCCAGACGACAGCUUGAGAACAAAUAUUUCGCUGUGAAGAUAGUGAAGAGCACAGAGAAAGCUCUUCGGGAAAUUGGUGCUUUGGCAGAUCUUUCUCACUCCAAUAUCGUCCGUUACAACACAGCGUGGUUAGAGGACACAUUGUACAAACAUGAUUCUUCAGAGAGCUACAGCACCUCAGACUUCAGCUCUUGGAGUGACCCGGGAACAAAGUUCCUGUACAUUCAGAUGGAGCUGUGUGAAGGAGACACUCUCCGUGCCUGGAUUGAUAAAAGGAAUAAUCCAAAUGAACAAUAUCCAGAGCGGAGACGAGACGCGGCACAUAUCAGCAGACAGAUCCUGCAAGCUGUGCAAUAUAUCCACUCCAAAGGGUUAAUCCACAGAGACCUGAAGCCUGCAAAUAUCAUGUUUGGUAGUGAGGGUUUGGUGAAGGUGGGAGACUUUGGCCUUGUGACAGCAGCGGAAAAUGACAAUGAUAGCCAUCAACUGGAACGGACUAAAAAAACAGGAACCCGUUCUUACAUGAGUCCUGAACAGGCGACUCAAUCCUAUGACAGUAAGGUGGAUAUAUUUGCUCUUGGUCUCAUAUACUUUGUACUCCUCUGGAAUCUGGUCACAAAGACUGAAAAGCAAAAGAUUUGGAGUGAUAUUAGAAGGAAGAAUUUUCCACCACAGUUUUCCGAGAAAUUUGGCUUGGAGCACAAGCUCAUAGACAAAAUGUUGAGUCACAAUCCUGAAGACAGACCAGAUGCUACAGAGCUGAUCAAGGAACUGGAUCAAUACUCCACACAACUGCAGAAUAAUUAGAUUGGAACUGCGAGUAUUUGAGACUUUAUGCUCUUUAUAUUACAUACAAAACUCUGUAAUCCUGGUAUUGAAUAUAACUUUACACAGAAAAGUUUAGUAAGUGAACACAUAUUGCUUACGUCUUGUGUCUAUGCUUUUGAAACAUGGAGUAUUUUAAGCUUUAUGGAUUGACCCCAUUGACUUCCAUUGUAAGUGUCUCACUUACAAACACAGAUUUUGCUUCUUAUUUUUAAAGAAAAGGAGGGACGAGUCUAAAUUAUGACAGAGCUGAACUUGUAUUGAACCAUAUUGUUAGCUAAGCAACAUGCUAACAUCAAAGCUCAGUUGUGAUGAGGAGUGCCAUACUUUAUGUGUGUAAUGAGUUGCUGCGUGUGAAAAGUGCUCAAUCGGUCACUUAUGUGGCUCCAUUUCAGUUAGGUUCCGUUUUCACUUUAGAAAUCGAUGACGUUAGGAAACCGAGUUUUCAGACUUGGAUAAAAACGGAUUAGUGUGGACGUGGUUUUAGAAGAUAGCUGCAUAUAUGCAAACAGUCAGCAGCAAGACUUUUGAGACAGAGCUAAAGACAACAAAAGAUAGACUGAUGACUUCUGUGGCAUUAUAAUAAUCAUUGUUGCUGAGACAGGUACACUGACAUGUAUGUUGGGGGCAUUUAGCAGAUGCUUUUAUCCAAAAGUGACUUGCAAAAAGUGCUUGCGAGUGAGACUGCUAAACAGAUGGCAAGAAAGAUUGUAACAGAAACACAGCCUAUACAUGAACUACAAGGGGAUAGUUGCAAACAUUACAUUUCUGUCAUUAUUUACUCACCCUUUAGCAGAUGGAAGUGUGUGAAGAAGAAAAUGCAGCAUUGAAUAAACAUCAAAAGUGUGAAAAUUAUGGAAUCGUAGAAGAGCAGAAACCAUCAGAAACUGAUGGUGUUUCUCGAUAAUGUAUCUUACAUUCACUCUCUCUUAUCAUGAUGAAUCGCUGUAAUCUUUUCUGUAUGUUUAUAUGAAUCAGGUUGGUGGGGAAAUAAAGUUUGACACUGUUGA